AUGAACGAUUUGUAAAAAGAUCAUGUGGAUAUGAAUGGCAAAGCUGAUUGUCUGUAGCUGAUUGUCUGAUCAAAGAGAACCUUUCGAUGGAAGAACUGAAAAAGAAGAAAACGAGCAAGAAAGGAUUUUCAGCUCCAGUAAAAUGUGCGACUGCAGAUCCAUCUUUGGAGCCACCAACGGCAAAGAAAACAAAAAUCAUUACAGAGCAAGAAGUAUCAACGAAUGAUAACCUGAAAAAUUCUGAUGAAACAACGAAGAAAAAACCUCACAAAGAGAAAAAUCAAACAGUUGGUGUAAAGAAGAAUGAAAAAAGUAAACCUGACAGAUCUUUGGAGAAGAAGGGAAAAAAGAAAAAGGUGCUAAAAGUUCAUGAGCACCAAAAUAAGGAAGAAACAUCUGCCAUCAUCACAACUGAGAACAAAAUCACAGAAGAAUCACAGAAAAACUGUGACAAUUCUGUGGAACAGAAAGAAGAAAAUGAACAAGUUCAAGAUUCAGAUCUCAGGAAAGAAGAAGCAAACACAGAGCCAAGUGAACAAGAGAACCAAAGUUCCCUACAUACAGAACAUGAGGAAAAGGACAGAAGCACUACCGUUUCAGAACAAAAGCAUGUUCAAGAGGUUGAAACUUCUCCAAAAAGGACAGUGGAUGAUUCAAAGAAUGCUUCAGCUCAGACAAAAAGUAAGGCUAAGAGACCUCCCCUACCUGUCCGCUCUCUUAGUGAUGAAGAGUAUGAAGAGAUCUUCAAGAAUGCUAUUAGAAGAGUUAUGGAUACACCCAUUGAUGAAUUGAUGGUAUCUCUCCAAAGAAAAGAUUGUAAUAAGGAACAUGCAUGUACCUUACUUUCUGAUAAUCAGAUAAAAGGUUGUGAACAGUCGUCAAAUCAGAAGAAAAUUCAAAAGCCUAAGAAGCUGCCCAAAAUGAAGCCAGUGAAGAGUACAGGUAGUAGUAGUUCAACAGAUGUUCAAGAAAUGGAGCCCAAUGUGGAGAAACCAAUGCCAAAUGAGACUGCUAGAAUCUUACAAGAUAGUACGAAGAAUAAUACAGAAUCUGAUAGUAAAUGUUCAUUAAAAACUAUAACUGCUUUUGAUAUAACGAAAGACACACUUGAACCAGAGGAAAAUAAGGAAAAUGCUAAAGUUGCACUUGAACCAGAGAAAAUUAAGAAAAAUGUUACAGGCACAUUGGAACCAGACGAAAAUAAGGAAAAUGUAGCAAAUAAAGUGACGAAGAAAAAUUCAAUGAAGGAAAAGAAAUUCAAAACACCAAACACUAAAAAAGGUUUUACUGGGGCCAAAAAACAAAGUAAAACUGCUGUAACUCCAUACAAAGUGAAAAUAGGAUCACCACAUCUUCAGACAAAGAAGGAGAAGAAGCAAAAAAGUAGGCUAAAACAACAGAAUGAUAAUGUUCACAAAAAGAAAUCGGAAGACAAAAUUGAUCGUAAAAGAAAAAUGAUGGAUCGAGACUUGCUCCAGUAUGGAACUUGGGUGCAAUGUUGUAACAGUUCAUGUAAGAAGUGGAGGUACCUGUCUGAUGUCAAUGAUCCGUCAGAGCUUCCUGAUGACUGGUUCUGUACCAUGAACAAAGACCAAGAUUACAAUGAGUGUGACAAAGCUGAGCAAGAGUACAAUGAAGAAGAGCACAUUUAUACCAACUACACCGAGGGAACUGUGGUGUGGGCCAGAAUGUCAGGAUUCCCAUGGUGGCCUGCCAUGAUUGAGAUGGAUCCAGACACUGAGUACUUUUUUGAGCUAGCGAAUUCAGAGACAAUGUUCCCUAGUCAUUAUCAUGUGGUAUUCUUUGAUGAGAGAGUGUCUAGAGCAUGGGUUAGAUCUUCAUGCAUCCAGCCAUUUAUUGGAAAAGAAAAUCUAAAUUGUUUAACAGCACCUAAGAAGAGCAAGAUUCCAAGCUACAAGUCAGAGAUAGCUGCUGCCAAAGCCAAAGCUUGCAGUGCUUUACAACUAGAUCUUCAGGAGAGGCUCAAUUCCUUCAGUUUCUGUCAAAGAUAUAAAGGCAAAUGGGGAAAAGAUGAAUCUGUUUCAAAAGACCAUGAGAACAAACCUUCAAAACCGAAGCACGCAAAGAGAUCUCGGAAAGUAGCCAGCCAAACAAAAGUGGAAGUGGUGGAUGAUACUACUGUGGAUGACCUUCUGAACAACCCUAGCUCUCUCCUCAGUAGUCUUGAUGAUGUGUUGGACAGUCUGGAGAGUUUCACUGAUGACUCAGACUUUGUACUGUCAGGAGAUGAAGAGAUAAAGGAAGAUGAUGGGAAGGAGGAGGAGGAGGAAAACAUGGGAACUUUGCAAAAGGAGAUAACCAGACACAAGGAACACACCAUUACCAAUAAAAAAUUGAGGAGUAGAAGCGCUAUAAAGGCAGAGAAGCAAGACCAAGGGGGUUCUGAGCUGGAGCCUGACAUAAAAAAUAGUGACACACAACAUGCUUCAUGCAAUGUAACAAAGUCUCCACUGAAUAAAGUCACUAAAUCAAGCACAGCAUUGAACAGUGAAGACAACACAGAGCUUUCUGAAUUAAGUGAGACAGACAGUGAAUCAGACUUUCAAAAUGAACAGGAUGUAGAAAAGGAGACUUCUGGUAACUUCAGUAUUAGCACUGGAGCCAACAGACAGCUCAAACUGGAUCCAGAUGUGUUUACAAUGGAAAUGUAUUCUAAGGAGGAGAGCCAGGAGGAAAAGUGUAUUGAUUCGUCACGGAAUGUGGUCAGUGAGGAGAUUGAAACACAGGAACCAAAAGAUGAAACUUCACAGGUAGCAUCAAAAUCAGUCCUGCAGAAAGAACAGAGACCAAAGAAUAAAUUCAGUGCCAAGCUAAAGAAAAGUCCCAUCAACAUUGAUCUUGCAAGAGAAAUUGUUUGUUCUCCAAAAAGUGAUUCAGCUAAGUCAGUUGAUCUAGAUACUGAUGAUUUACCAGAUCAAGGAAUAAAGCAGGAGACAGAUAUUAAAGAGGAAGAGUUGUUCUUCAAUCCGGAGAGUGAUCCCCAGGAGCAAGCUGUGCCAAAUGCUGAAAGCGACUUCAGACAAGCAGAGGACCUAGAUCUUGAACUAAGUCUUGACUUUGACACCAUCCCCAAACAUGAGCCAGUGAUAUCAGUCUCUGCUGGGAUUCAGGCUGUGAAUGAAGCCGAUGAGGACUCGGAUCCUUUUGAAUUAAUUGAAGAAUGAUUUAUUUGGACAUGAAAGAAGUAUUAUUAUGAUGUUGAGCUAUGUUGUUCUAUACUUUCAGGUUCUAUUUAACUCUUAAGUUAUAUAUUAGAACUGGUCUUAAGCAAAAAUCUGUGAUAGUUGUUAAUGUUAAUUCAGUGUUGUCAUUGAUUUGUUGUUGAUUAAAUACUUUGCAAU